AUGCGGGUGGAGGAUAUGGUUUUGAAAGGAUUUGACAAGAAAAAAGAGCGGAUGUCUUCAGGAGAGGUUUUGGGUGAUACUUUAAUUCGCAUUGCUAACGAAUUGGGCUCCGGAAAUCCACACGGAACUGCUCUGAUGAAAACCGGUGAGGCUGAAAACGCUUUAGGCCAAGCUGAGCGCAGCAUGGUACAGGCAAUUGAGAACGGUUAUCUCAGUUGGCUCCGAAAAUAUGUAAACGAAGACUGCAAGGAAGCUAUGGUAACUUUUUGA